AUGAAUUUUAUCAAAAAAAUUUUUGGCAAGGAGGAAUCCAAGCAUACCCUUCCUGAAUAUAUUAAGGAUUAUAAAGUUUAUGGCAAUUUGUUUAGGAGAGAAGAAAAGGUUUCAAAGCUUAUAAUGGAAGACGCAUUGAUAUCUUUUAGUGAAGGAAAAACUGAAUUUAGUUUCUUUUUGGAAUUCUUUAAGGAUGAACAACCUUUUUAUUUCCCUAUCGCUCCAAGCAUGGACUUAAGAGAAUAAACUGCUCAUGAUGGAGACAAGGUUAUUAGAAAAUAUGUAUUUGAUUUAGAAUCAAAAUUACGUAUGAGAGUAGAAUUCGAUGUAACAGAAGAAAAAGACUUGGAAGUUGUGCUUUAAUUUGAAAGAUAUUUCAGUGAACUCCUUAGUAUUGUAACAUUUUAAAAACCUAUAAGUGAAAUUUCUAAUGAGAGGAUUCAACAGAUGUGCAGACAUAUUGUAGGUAAAGAUUUAGGAAGAGAGUCAGAGACAACAUCCUAAAAAGACUCUGAUGUAUUUUCUAUUGCUUAGCACUAAAUUCCAAAUUAAACCAGCAUUGCAAAUUAAGACAUGAACAGACUUUCAAAAGAACUUGCAGGCUUAAACCUAGAUGAUGGUUCCAAAAGAGUAGGAGAAUACUAGCAUUAAUUCUAGCUUUAUAAGAAGUCAAGUUCUUCUAAAGAAAAUCAAGUUUAAGAUGAGAAAAAAAGUCAAUACAAAAUUAGAGAAGACUUAAUCAUCCAAAAUGAAAAUAAUGCAAAGCUAAAAGAUGCCUUGCUUGAAAUUGCUAAUAAAAAAGAAAUUAAAGUGGCUAAUGUUGGAAGUUUAUAUGAAGCAAGUGGAGUAUUUAUGCAACUCAAACACAAAGGAAUCAUUUUUUCUAUCAAAUUGCUUGAAGAUUACGAUUAUAAGUUACUUAUUUAUAAUGAAGACUAGCAUGUGAUUCACUAAUACCACUUUGAAUAAUCUUAUGAAAUUAACCAUCAAGAAAACUAUAUUAGAUGGAUAGAAAAUAAAGCUGACUCAAUUAUAUUAUAUCAAGUUUUCUUUGACAGUCCAGGAGCUUCUUAGCAGGUUGCUGUAGCUUUGCAAUCUUGCAAUUACGAAAAAAAUAACAAAGUAGAAUAAUAGAAGGCAUUUAAAGACGAAGAAAUAUAAUAAAUAAUAAGAUUUUCCAGCGAAAGAUCAGAUGAAAAUUAUAUUGAGGAAAACAAAGAUUAUAUGGAUGAAGAAAUCAAUAAUAUUACCUUUGACCCUUAGGUUUAUAUUGCUCAAGGUGAAACUCAAAGCAAUUCUGAUCUUAGAUCGAUUGCACAAGCUAAGAUCCUUGAUAGAACUUUUGUUUCUAAGGGAGAAAACAUAGAAGUUUAUAGAACCAUUCAAGAUCAAGACUAAGACUUAGAAUAUUUACUUACCUUGCCUAUUGUCCAAGGACUAAAUGGAGAAGUUUUCGAGCCAAAGAAGAUUUUAAUGCAAGAGCAAGACACAAAAAUGCUUCUGUUAAAUAAUGAAGAGAAUAAAAAAGUAUACUACUACGACAUUGAGAAAGGAAAAAUCAUCUAAGAAUUUGGAGCUGAUGAAGGUUUCAACAAUGCAAUUAAGGAUUUUUGCAACUAAACAAAAAACGGAGACUUAGAAAAUACCAAAACUUUUUAUUCCAUCAAUAGCAAAAACAUAUUCAGGAUGGAUCCUCGUAUUUCAAAAGGUGCAGCUUAGACUUGUAUUCAAAAUGGUAGCAAAAUGUAUGCAUAAAACAACCAUUUCACAUGCAUUUCUAGUACUAAAAACGGUGAAUUUGCUAUUGGUAGUGCUGAUGGCUCAGUUCGUCUCUAUAAUGAUGUAACUAAGAAUGCCAAGAACUAAUUUAAUUUAGGUUAUGGAGAUCCUAUCAAAGGACUUGAUAUCAGUUAAGAUGGUAAAUGGAUAUUAGCUACUUGCCAAACUUAUUUAAUUCUAUUCCCUACUUACGAUUGUUCUAAUGUAACCAAAAAUGGAUUUAACUCUACCAUUAAGAUAGAUAACAGACCAGUACCUAUAAGACUAUAGCUCUCUAGCGAAGAUUAGUAUUACCUAAAACUUAAAGAAAUUGGAUUCACUCCUGCUAAGUUUGAUAACUGCUUGACAAAGAAAGAAAAAUUCAUAGUUUCUACAACAGGAGCAUUUACUAUAGUCUGGGAUUUCAUAAAAGUUCUCCAAAAGAAGACUUAAUGUUACGAAAUUAAGAAAUCAGAUGAACCAAUACAGUAAGCUGAAUUUAAGUUUAACAAAAACGAUAAUGUGCUCGCUGCCUCAGUAAAUAGAGUAGAAAUGCAAAAUAUUAUUAAGAACAAGAAAUGA